AUGAAGAAGAAUGGUCGAGGUAGCAUGGAGGAAAAGAUAGCAACAGUAGACGGCGUGCAACUGUCAGUAGUCUCCUGGUUUGAUAAUAAAGUAGUCAACACUUUGUCAACUUACAUUGGAUGCAAACCAGAAGGUGAGAUCAAGAGGCUUUUCAGGAAGGAAAAAGAAUAUAAAAUGGCACCUUGUCCACGCUCUGUGAUGAUCUACAAUGACUACAUGGGGGGGGAUGUCGAUCUAUUAGAUUCUAUGCUAGGAUAUUACGGAAUUCAAAUCAGAUCAAAGAAAUGGUACUUGAAGAUAUUCUUUCAUCUAGUUGACUUGGCUUGUGUGAACAAUUGGCUGUUAUGGAGAAGAAGAAAUACGGACUACACGCCCAUUGUUGAUUUCAAGGUCGCAGUUGCAGAGGCCCUCUGUAAAACUGGGAAAUCCUUAUCCAAGAAACAUCGUAGGCCAAGCAGUGAAAUACAAAAACAUCUUGACAGCAAGAAGAAGAGAGGCCCUACAGCAGAUCUUCCACAGCAUCAGGUGUGA